CAUCUGGAGAAAGCAGAUGUUGCGCUUUUUUGGAGCUGGCCUCGCGCUGCGUUUCCGCGCUGUCAUUGUUUCCGUUUCCACCUCCCUGUAGCCUCACGCCUCCACAUAUCGCUCUUGUUUGGCCUUGAAUCCGUUACAGGGCGCUUAGUUUGGGGUUAUCUGAAGUUUGUAGAGGGUUAAACACUUCUUUUUUUUUUCCAGCAAUGGGGGACAUCGAGGCUCCCAGCUCGACUCGGCCGCGCCAGACUGUCCUCUCCUCGAUCCUUCCGAGCAAAGAGUUUGUCUCCUCGAGGAAAGGCAUGCUGCUUAUUGCUGAAGUGGCUCUGUCCUUUGUGUCCUUCGUGUGUUUCGCCGCCUCUACAGCAGCAGCCUUUGUGACCGUCCCCCUGCUGGAGUUUCUGGCCGCUCUCUUCUUGUUGUUCGCUUACUCCACCAAAUUCAAUGAGAGGUUUAAAGGCUUCUUAUGGCCGCUCAUGGAUUUCAUGAGAUGUGUCACCGCCUCCAUCAUCUUUUUCAUCAUCUCCAUCAUUGCGGUCUCCAAAUAUGUGGAUGGUUCUUCUAAGGCUGCCGGGGUGUUCGGGUUUAUUGCCACGAUUGUCUUUGCUUUAGAUUUUUAUCUCAUUUUUAAUGAGCUGGCUGAUUUCCUGAAGCAAGGAGGGGCGUCCAAUAACGAACCAACAGGACAGCAAGAUGAGUUUUCAGACUCUGAUUCCGACUGAGACGUCAGGGAUCUUCAUCAGUGGAUAUGUUUGAUCAGACAUAUUAAAAGUCUCCUGGGGAAACAAAUGGUGACCGCAGAGCUGCACUCUGCAAAGAUCUGCACGUGUGUUAUGAUAAAACAAGGUUAUAAUGCAAAAUAUGGAAAAAAUCACAUCGUGAGCAUGAUGACCUUAAAGCUGUGAAAUCGUGGCAUCAUUUUAUUGAGGUCUUAGAAGAUGUUUUUAUGACCUACAUGUGGGAGCAGUUGUUUUAAUUUGAAAUAGUGACUUAUAUCAAACUUUAGGGCCUGCAGGGGAUCUUAUUAACAGACAUUUAACUACAACACUACAUUAAUGCCCUUAGUGAAUGAAGAUUUUAUUUCUAGUAAUGAAGUUGUAUUUUAGCAAAUUGAGCUUUAUAAAAAUGGAAAGACAACAGGCCCACAGUAAGUGAGUGUGGCAGCAUCGUGAUCUAUAAAAUUCAACAUAUUUCUCUAAAAAUAACGUGUGUACACUGUAUAGAAGAACAGAUGAGUUUCAGGUUGGCUGGUUACAACCUCUGUUUAUUGUCUUACUCUUAGAUUUUCUCUAUGUUGGACUUUGGUCUUAUCAGAGUUUAAAACCUUAAACUGUCUCCUUUUCCCACGCCAAACAGACCGAUGGGAAAAUGAAAAGGCCCCAGCAACCAAAUGAUUUUCUUAGUAAGGGUUCGCUCUUAACAAUGGUGAUCUAUUUCUCUGAGUCGGUUCCUACCAUCAUGAAUCACUUGUCACUUCUAACUUCAUGCUAGUUAGUCCUGAAAGGUCAGUUAUAUACACCUUAAAAUCCUGGGUUCUGAGUUCAUGAACCUCAAAGCAGAAAAAAAUACACAUUUUCAAAUUGAAUCAAUGCUGAUCCUUGCUGUUUUUCUUCUGCAUUUUCAUCCAACAAGCUGUGUUAGUGUGUGUGUGCAUAACUGUGGAAACAGUGCACUGAAGCCACUCAAAGCAUUAUUAUUAUGUAAAAUAUGAAAUAUCCUACAUGUGGAUAUUGUUUUGUGUGUGUUUGCUUUUUUUUAGUAGUCAUGUAGUGUGUGUGUGUGUGUGUGUGUGUGUGUGUGUGUGUGCGUGUGUGUGCGUGCACGUGUGUGUGUGUGUGUGUGUGUGUGUGUGUGUGUGUGCACGUGUGUGUGUGGUUCUUUCACAGCCACUUCUCAGAAAUCAGACACUCCUGAUCGCCACAAUGACUGUUAAUAUGGUACACCCUGCACUACAUGACUGAUAUAACAGCACUGUGAUAAUAAAAAAAACAAUUUGCACCAGUGGUUUCAAAUGUCCAUCUUCAAAUUAAGAUGUUUGGCUUAUUCACAGUUAAACUUUUUAUUUUUUGAAUUUGCAAUGAUAUUUGAUUAUUCUUAACCAUUGAGCCUGUGUGGUAGCAUAUUGAAAGUUUUUUUUUGGUCUGUGUUUUUGAGUUUUGUUUCAACGUGCCAACGUGAAAAAAUAGCUAUUUGGACAAAAAAUGCGAGAAAGCUCCUCAUGUGCUAACUUGUGCAUAUCUCAAAAGAUGUCAGAAACAGGCUUUGGUUGAUGCUAGUCUGUGUGUAAUGUGAUAUGUUUGUAUUGUCCCACGAGAGCUGCACAUCCCCAUAUCUUUUACUUUCAACCAAAUGAUCGUGCAUUGUUUAACACCACAAAGAGAAAAAUACAUAAUGGUUGUGUUUAUCUGAAAACAUCACCUAAUCUGGUGAUGUUUUUUUUUUUUAUCCGACAUGAAGUAAGGUCAACCAUAGUUGGUGUGCAUAAAAAUCGUAUUAAAAUUAGGGGUGUCCUGAAUUAUUAUACAUCAAUCUUCUUGCUGAACUUUUAAGUCAAAUUGUGUUUCUAUUCUCCUUGGCACUUCUCUGCAAAAAAAAAAAAAUGCUUGAAUAAAAAACCUACGCUUCUUUUCA